AGGAACAUGAACAUGCACAAAACAUCCCAACACAUGAAAUGAUGCGGUUUCGAUCAGAAAGAGUUUUGUGUGUGUGAUCAGAUGUUUUCCUCCUCUUUCUCACACACCAACAUCCUGUGGGUCACUCUGAGUGUACGAGGAGAGUGACAUAGGCGAAGAGCUUUAUGGGGGGCAGGGAGAAGCAGGCCGGAUCCACAUAUUGUUAUGUGUAUGAGAGGAAUGUAAUGUCCAUGUUUGAUGCUGGUCUGACCCCCCAUCCACCUUUCAGGGUGGAGCCUGCUGGAGUCCAAUGGUUGAGACCAGGUCUGUGGAAGUAUUCCUGUGAACUCACACUCGACACAAACACAGUAAACAGAUACAUCAAAGUGUCUGACAACAACAGGAAGGCGACGCGUGUGAAGGAGGUUCAGUCAUAUCCUGAUCAUCCAGACAGGUUUGACUACUGGCCUCAGCUGCUGUGUAGAGAUGGUCUGACUGGUCGCUGUUACUGGGAGGUCGAGUGGACAGGAAGAGUUUAUAUAUCAGUGAGUUACAGAGGAAUCAGAAGGAGUAGUGACAGAGAAGACUGCAGGUUUGGACAGAAUGAUCAGUCUUGGAGUCUGAGGUGUUCUGAUGAUGGUGGUUGCUAUAUCUGGCACAAUAAGAUAGGAACUUCCCUCUCCCCCUCCUCCUAUAUCUCUGACAAAGUAGCAGUGUAUGUGGACUGUCCUGCUGGCUCUCUGUCCUUCUACAGAGUCUCCUCUGACACACUGAUCCACCUCCACACCUUCAACACCACAUUCACUGAACCUCUUUAUCCUGGAUUUGGGCUCUGGUCUGGUUCAGGUACCUCCUCAGUGUCUCUGUAGGAGGGAGAGUCUCCUCCUGGUAGAGAACAGAUCAGUUGAGUCUGUACAGGAUCACAGAAAUCUUUCAGCUUCUUGUAAUAAAUUCAUCAAUGAACUUUGUACAAGGUCAUAAGAAACAAGGUAGUGUGAUCCAAAUCAAAGCUGCUUCAGACUGCGACUGUAACCUAGCAGGUGGUAGAAGUUACUCACAAGUCCACAACCACACAACAUCAUUGUUCCACAUCUUACCAUAAACCACUACAAAAAUCACCAUAUUUCAACUCAAUUUUACAUAAAAAUUGGCCAAACAAUUUGAACGUUUGC